GUCCUGCGGGUGGCUGGAGGCUGGGGAGGCUCUGGAACCUGGGGUGGGAGUGGGAGUGUGAGGUGAGCGGAGCCGCCGAGGGAGGCGACGGGCUGCCGGGCGCCCCAGUCUAUGGAGCGGGGUAAGAUGGCGGAGGCGGAGAGUCUGGAGACAGCGGCGGAGCACGAGCGGAUCCUGCGGGAGAUCGAGAGCACCGACACGGCCUGCAUCGGGCCCACGCUCAGGUCUGUCUAUGAUGGUGAGGAACACGGACGAUUCAUGGAGAAACUUGAAACUCGCAUCCGCAAUCAUGAUCGAGAAAUUGAGAAAAUGUGCAACUUUCACUACCAGGGCUUUGUGGACUCUAUAACUGAACUGCUGAAAGUGAGAGGAGAAGCUCAGAAACUCAAAAAUCAAGUGACGGAUACUAAUAGAAAACUACAGCAUGAGGGAAAGGAACUGGUAAUAGCAAUGGAAGAGCUGAAGCAGUGUCGACUACAACAGAGAAAUAUUUCUGCCACUGUUGAUAAAUUAAUGCUGUGUCUUCCAGUCCUGGAGAUGUAUAGCAAACUAAGGGACCAGAUGAAAACUAAAAGGCAUUAUCCUGCACUGAAAACUCUGGAACAUCUAGAGCAUACCUAUCUGCCUCAAGUAAGCCACUAUCGAUUCUGCAAGGUGAUGGUGGAUAACAUCCCCAAGCUUCGAGAAGAAAUUAAGGAUGUCUCUAUGUCUGAUCUCAAAGACUUUCUGGAAAGUAUCCGCAAACAUUCAGACAAAAUUGGAGAGACUGCCAUGAAGCAAGCCCAACAGCAAAGAAACCUGGAUAACAUCGUCUUGCAACACCCUAGAAUAGGUAGCAAGAGAAAAUUGAAGAAAGAUGCAUAUACAAUUUUUGAUACAGAGCUAGAAAGCACUAGCCCCAAGUCUGAACAGGAUUCAGGAAUUCUGGAUGUUGAAGAUGACGAUGAUGAUGAAGAGGUACCUGGAGCCCAAGAUUUGGUGGAUUUCUCUCCUGUUUAUCGAUGUCUACACAUAUAUUCUGUCCUGGGUGCCCGGGAAACAUUUGAGAACUAUUACCGAAAACAGAGGCGAAAACAGGCCCGCUUGGUGCUCCAGCCUCCGUCUAACAUGCAUGAAACUUUAGAUGGCUACAGGAAAUACUUUAAUCAAAUUGUAGGCUUUUUUGUGGUUGAAGAUCAUAUUUUACAUACAACCCAGGGCUUAGUAAACAGAGCCUACAUUGAUGAACUAUGGGAAAUGGCACUGUCAAAAACCAUCGCAGCACUCCGUACCCACUCGUCUUACUGCUCUGAUCCAAACCUCGUGCUAGAUUUGAAGAACCUCAUUGUGCUUUUUGCUGAUACACUUCAGGUUUAUGGUUUUCCCGUAAAUCAGCUUUUUGACAUGCUCUUAGAAAUCAGAGAUCAAUACAGUGAAACUUUGCUGAAGAAGUGGGCAGGUAUUUUCAGAAACAUACUUGAUUCCGACAACUAUAGUCCCAUACCAGUAACAAGUGAAGACAUGUAUAAAAAGGUGGUAGGACAAUUCCCAUUCCAAGAUAUUGAGCUGGAAAAGCAACCAUUUCCAAAAAAGUUUCCUUUCUCUGAAUUUGUGCCAAAAGUUUACAACCAAAUUAAAGAAUUUAUCUACGCCUGUCUAAAAUUUUCAGAAGAUCUUCAUCUAAGCUCAACUGAAGUUGAUGACAUGAUACGAAAAUCUACAAACCUGUUGCUAACCAGGACUCUGAGCAACUCUCUACAGAAUGUUAUUAAAAGGAAGAACAUUGGACUUACUGAGCUUGUCCAGAUUAUUAUUAAUACAACACACUUGGAGAAAUCCUGUAAAUACUUGGAAGAAUUCAUCACCAAUAUCACUAAUGUGCUUCCAGAGACAGUCCAUACCACUAAGCUCUAUGGCACCACGACUUUUAAGGAUGCCAGACAUGCAGCUGAAGAAGAGAUCUAUACCAAUUUAAAUCAGAAGAUCGACCAGUUUCUACAGCUGGCUGACUAUGACUGGAUGACGGGAGAUUUGGGCAACAGGGCUAGUGACUACCUGGUGGACCUCAUUGCCUUUCUGCGUAGCACCUUUGCUGUGUUCACACACCUUCCUGGAAAGGUGGCUCAGACAGCAUGCAUGUCAGCGUGCAAGCAUUUAGCCACAUCCCUGAUGCAUCUUCUGCUGGAGGCCGAAGUAAGGCAGCUUACCUUGGGCGCAUUACAGCAGUUCAACUUGGAUGUCAGAGAAUGUGAACAGUUUGCCAGAUCCGGCCCGGUGCCUGGGUUCCAGGAGGACACGCUGCAGUUGGCCUUCAUCGACUUGAGACAACUUUUGGAUCUCUUCAUCCAGUGGGAUUGGUCGACCUACCUUGCGGACUAUGGUCAGCCCAACUGCAAGUACCUCCGGGUAAACCCCGUGACAGCGCUGACCCUGCUGGAGAAGAUAUCUAGAGAGAUGAAGGACACUAGCCGCAAGAACAACAUGUUUGCACAGUUUCGUAAAAAUGAGCGAGACAAGCAGAAGUUGAUUGACACGGUGGCCAAGCAGCUCCGCGGACUCAUCAGCAGCCACCACUCCUGAAGGCUGGCCUCGAGCCCCAGAGGCUGCUCGCUGCAGCCCCGCAGCCCGGGACCCGGCCCCGGCUGGCCCUGCAUUUGUGCAUUCUUCUUCAGAGAGAGAAAAUGUAUUUUUUUAAUAACCUAUGUACAGUAUUCGCAUAACCUUUCCCUAUAGUAGUAGAGGCACAAGAGGAAGCAAGCAUAUGAGAUAUUGCUAGGCCGGGGCUCAGGGGAGUUACUACUACACUGUGUUAUCUGAGGGACGGUGGUCGCCCAUCCCCGUGUGAUGGGCCAGCUUUCACCCACGGAGCUCAGGCCUGGGGCCCAGGACCACACAGACAAAAUGGGCAGUUGGCCCUGGGGUAGGAUGAGCCCACCAGAGGACAGUGCAGUGCAUUCCAUUCACUCCUGGGUGCCCACUCACCACCGAGGGGAGGUGGGUUCUUUGGGAUGCACGGGGAAGGCCUGGACAGCGUACUGCUUAGUCUGCUACAGAGCAGCCCACACUUCUGGGGGUGCAUCUCAGCCUGGGGACUGCCACCAGCUGGUGGACAAGCGCGGCACACGACACGACGGCAGCAUCACUCCUGUCCCCGUGCACAGCUGUUUCUGUAGCCCGGAUCUGCCCCGGCACCCCGACCGCUGACUUGCUGUGGCAGGGCAGCAUGGAGUGUGUGGGGGACGACGGGCCCGUGCCUGGCUGCUAGUCACCCCACACAGAAGGCCAGGGUGAAUGGAAUCAGAGCCUCAGUCCCUUCCCCAUUCAUCUCUUCUCCUUCUUUCAGGGUCGGGACGCUUGGUUCAGGGCCUAGGUCACCAGUUAUUACCGUAGGUCCUCACAGAGAGCCUCAGACCCCGGCUUCUGCAGCAGCCUCGCUGGGGUAGGUCCAACUCCAGAAGCCCGUACUCUACCCUUAGGGAGAACCUGAAGACUAUUUGACAUUGUUCCUCUGUGUGGUAAAAAUCAGCUUUCUGGCCGCCAUCUUUAAAGGAGUCACUAGCUCUGCCCUGUGGGGGCAGCCACAGCUGGACUGGCUGCCUCUAGUGAUGGGGCCACUGUCACCAUGAAGUCGACUCAGCCAGCACAGCUUGGGAUUUAUUGCCUGUGGCCCAAGUGUCCGUCACUGAGUCAUAUCCCGAAGAGUAUAUGACGCUCUUGCUCAGGCCCAAGGCUUCCGUCCUCCUCUGAGAUCCCCGUGGCCACCUUUUGGCCUUGUCUGAGAAAGAGUAUCUGUAACCCUAUUCCCCAGACUCUGGAGUUUGCACAGGGAACCGGAACCAGCUGGCCCGGAGACUGUCCCAGUGUCCCAGAUGCGCCCCUAGACUUAAUGCAAGGGCUUUGCUGUGAGGUCAGUCAGAGGAACCCGCACUUUGAAACACUGUGGGAAGAUGCUAUUAUGGCUACUGGCAAGAACGCAAUCGAGCAUCACCAAACAAUUACAGAUAAGCCACACAGGUGUUUCCAGUGUGGGUUAGUGGGAGGAGACUCUCAUCAAACAGAAUUCCUCACUGCCUUUGUCAGCCACCGAGUUGCUUCUGGGGAGGGCAGUGCUUCCUUCUUCAUCCCCUCCCCCGACUCCUCCUGAAUGCAUCACAACUGGAAAACCGCAGGGAGGCAGGCAGCCCCCUCCAAGCUGGGGGCAAGGGGCUGCCCGAGAGUUUGCAGAUGCCUCCUGAGGCCCUUCUUGGGGACUGGGUGGUGGGGCCGGGCUCUUAGGAUGGGGGUCAGGAGUGAGUGCUGCUGCCCAGAACUUCAUGAGCCAGGGAGAGGCAGGGGCCAUACGAGGGAAACCCCAGAUGCCAUCUCCCAAGCCUUGGAUUUUAUUGAAAAAGUGAGAAAUGGUUACACUAAUCUGAAGUCCUGUUGCUUAGAAAAGGCCCCCAACACCCUCCUCCACGAGUCCUCCGUUAGCAGCAGGUCCCUUCAGCUCUGAGCGCUGAGACAUUGAAGGGAGAAUGGGGCGACUCGUAGGUAUAUCACGAUUUUUGUCUUUUCCUCGGCAUCGCUGAUCUGGUCUCAAAACUGUGCUAGAGAGGACUCAGUGCCCAGGGCCGAUGGGUGAGGGUGGCCCUCACCUCGCUCCCAGAAGUCCCUCUGAGGACAAGGCCUGCUCCAGCCCGUGGCAGCGCUCUCCUUCCCUCAGUCUGCCCUCGGUCUGCCCUGACGGACCAGCGUGCUGCUGCCGGGCUGUCUGUGGAGACACACUCUUGGGGGGCAGGGGAAGGGAACAAAACAGGGACCGGUUGUUUGGGUGGGUGAAGUAGGAUUUUCUAGUUUUGUCUGCAGGCCUCUGGCUGGGCCAGCCCAUGAGAGGACCCAGGCAGAGGUGUGUGCCCGAGCCCCUCAGACUCCUUAGGCCCAGCCUCGGACGCCCAGAGAUGCCGAAGAGCCUGGAGGCCACAGGAAGGGGGUGAGAACGUGGGGGCUGGAAGCCUGCCUGCCUUCUAGUUGGCACGGACCCCUGACCAAGUUCUCAGGGACACUGGGUUCAUGUUCCCAGCUUGGGACGCAAGUGGUUUCAGUGGUAACAGAGGGAGCUUGCAGAGCUUUAACGUGCAUAGGGAAAUCCCUUCGAGUAGAUUGUAAAUGAAGCUGUUGGUGGGUGGGGAAAACCAGGACCCAGGGAUUGGAACCAGCAGAACCCCUGUUGGCAAAGGGGAUUAAAGCUUCCAGGGAGGGGUGUCAAGCUCCCCAGUGUUCCCCUUGCCUACUGGGCCUGACAGUCCCCAGGCCUCCACACCAGCCUACUUCCCUGCACACUUGACAUGGGCUUGCUCAGCCAGUCUCAGACCCAGGGCCCUCUACCCCCAGGACUGGCAUUGGCCAUAACCUUCCUCGUAAGGCCCCUGAGCACAUGCCCCGGGGCCAGCUGCAGAAACACCCCCCCCCCCCUUAGUCUCCCUCCUCCCAGGGUUCUCUUCCUGGCUGCUUCAUUUGCCUCUUUUUUCCCCCUCUUUUUAUUUUUUUGCCUGAAUUACAAUUACUUUUCCCUAAUGUGUUGGAAAUGGCCUUUUUAUUUUGCACAAACAGUUGCACAUUUACUGAGGAAGUUUGGGCGAGUCCAUGUUUAGCUCUAAAGGGAACUUUUAUAACAGUCACUAGUAAAGCUACUGAUGCAGACGGGCCUCGUGGUUGUUGGGAAACCUCCUGUGUGGAAAGAGCAUGUUUCUCCUCCUGUACAUGUCCCUCUUUUAACUGCUAUUAAACAAGAAAGCCUAUACACCUGUUUCA